AUGUCGUGGGUGUGCGCUUCCUGUCUUCGUAGCCUCGCUCGGCCUGCAGUACGCCGCCUUCUUGUUCAGCAGCGCGCCCAGAGUACGGCAGCACCAGUCUCCGCUCGUCUAUCACCAGCACUACUCUCACGAGCUCGAUCGAUAGCAUCAGAACAUGCCGUCCUCGCCCAAAAGCUAGCCUCAGACUACGACGCGGAAGCGGCGAAACGACUAGGCGAACUAUCGAGAACGGCAACUGCGAUCGGUGCAUAUGACAAAGCGAAGUCCUCAUGGGACGAGCUGCAAUCGCUGCUCAAGUCAUCCGACCAGGAGCUAAAGGAGCUGGCCGAGGACGAUGUCGGACCCACGUAUGACAAGGUCACGCAGGCCGAGGCAGCGCUCAAGUCAAGUCUGAUCCCAACGCAUCCUUUUGCUCAUAUGCCAUGUCUGCUGGAGAUCAAGCCCGGCGCUGGCGGAGAUGAGGCGGCCUUGUUUGCAGGCGACCUGUUACGCAUGUACGAGGCAUACUGCGCAAAGAAUGCCCUGAGAACUACCAUCCUCAAGUACGACGUAGCAGAAGGCGGCGAGCACGUGCAGGAAGCAGUCCUCGAGGUCGAAACACCCGGUGCCUAUGGCAUACUGCGAUGUGAGGCAGGCGUGCAUCGAGUACAGCGUGUGCCAGCCACGGAGAGCAAAGGCAGAACGCACACUUCAGCAGCGAGUGUGCUGGUACUGCCUUCAGUGCCAGAUGACGGAGCGGCCGAUCUUGGCGAGAACAGCUUCAACGAUCCGAGAAGCGAUUACUACGUCGAUCCCAAGGACGUGCGAAGCGAAGUCAUGCGCUCGAGUGGUGCAGGAGGGCAACAUGUCAACAAGACGGAAUCUGCCGUACGCCUGACACACGAACCGACAGGCACCGUGGUGAGAUGCGAGGACGGACGCUCACAGGUGAAGAAUCGAGAGAAAGCUUGGGGUCUGCUUCGAUCUCGAAUCGCGCAGAUGAAGCGAGAAGAGCGCGAAGAGGAGCUAAUCCGCUUGAGAAGAGGUGCUGGUGCUGGAAAGGUGGGGAGAGAGAACAAAGUCCGGACCUACAACUGGGGACAACAGAGAGUCAGCGACCACCGCAGUGGCAUUGAUUCGAGACAUUUGGACGACAUCAUGGAUGGAGGUGAUGCGCUGGAACAAGUGAUGAACAGUGUCCGCGCCUGGAUGGCUGAGCAAGAGGUGCUUGGUCUGAUCGCAGAGCAUGAGGAAGAGACUAAGCAGGCGAAGGCCAAAUGA